AUGGGAGAGCACAGAUCAUGGCAGGUGGCCAGGCAGACGAUGCCAUCUCACCGCAGAGAGCUCAUGCCUCAGCUGGCCUGGAUGGAGGUUGGAAAAAUAACGGGAGAGAAGAAGACAAGAGGUCAAGGACUGGGCAGAAAACCUUCAGCAGUGAGUCCAGAGGACAACGAGGAGCAGACGCCUUUCGAGAGAGCCGUCUAUGACCUCGGACACAAGCAGAAGCUUGUCGAUGACCUCACCUUCGGCAGACGGAUCGGCUUCUACGAGCUGCGUGGGGAAAUAGGCAACGGAAACUUCUCCCAGGUCAAACUCGGCAUUCACGACCUGACCAAAGAAAGGGUUGCUGUUAAGAUCCUGGAUAAGCUGCGUUUGGACAAGCGCUCACAGAGGUUGUUCUCGUCUGAGAUACUAUGCAUGGAGAGACUGUCCCACCCCAACAUCGUGCGUCUGUAUGAGGUGGUGGAAACCUUUCGCCGGCUUCAUCUGGUGAUGGAGUACGCACCUGGAGGAGAGCUGUUCUCCAGGAUCGCCACCAGAGGACGCCUGUCUGAUCUGGAGACUAAACUGGUCUUCUCUCAGAUACUGUCUGCUGUGAAACACAUGCAUGACAACAACAUCAUCCACCGGGACCUGAAGGCUGAAAAUGUCUUCUACACCACCACAUACUGCAUCAAGGUGGGCGACUUUGGUUUCAGCGCUGAAUGCAAACCCACCGACAUUCUCACCACCUUCUGCGGCUCUCCGCCCUACGCGGCCCCUGAACUCUUUCGGGACAAGGGUUACAUCGGACCACUGGUGGAUAUUUGGGCUCUGGGCGUCCUGCUGUACUUCAUGGUGACGGCCACGUUUCCCUUCAACGGCUCUAGCAUGAGAAGACUUCGCUUCUGUAUCCUCAGGGGUUCCUACGCCAUUCCCACCUAUGUCCCUGAUGUCUGCCAGUAUGUUAUCAAGGGCGCACUGAGGCUCGUUCCUGCCGACCGCAUUUCCCUGUCGCAGAUCAUGUCCAGCACUUGGCUGAGGGGAAUUGAGUACCCGCAGCCGUACCCACCUGCUUUGCCCACACCGGCGCACCUGGCUGACCCCUCACGGACGCUUUCUAGUGAUGAGCACUCGGUCAAGCUCGCGCUCGAGGAGCUGGGCAUCACCGAAAUUCACCUGAGGAACAACGUGGUGUUGGACUGCCGUAGCCCACUGACAGGGAUUUACCGGAUACUUCUGCACCGAAACCAGAGGAACAGAUCCGGAGAAUCUGCGGGAUAUGCAACGCUCUGUCCCUCCAACACCCGCCUCGGCAGGAGAUGCUGGUCUCACCCUACGACCAUCUACAGGAAAGAAGAGCAGUCCGCGUUCUGUGCCAUCCUAUAG